AUGAACCCCGUAGACCAUCCCCAAGAGGGUGGUGAGGGGAGAGCCCCAAUUGGUAGAAAAAAACCCACAACCCUGUCGGGUUAUCCUGCACUCGGAAGAAGAAGUCGAAAAAGGAAAAAAUAUAGUGAGAAUUCGAUUGUUCAUCGCCUAACCGACUUGAAAAUAAAAGAUAAAGAUGGAAUAAUAUAUCUUGUAGAUGAGCAUAGGAAAAGUGCAACAAGAACAGAAAAGAAAAGAGCAGCGUGGGGGAGCAUCGUUGAGGACGUGCAGUGCAACAAGCAAGAAGAUUUUGGAGUCUUUGAUGACAAGGUCGGAACAUGGAGAUCAUGCAAUCCAUUAUUCAUCCGGACUUGUGUUAUUGAUUACUACUCACCCAUGGUUCACUUGGCCGAAGCCAAUACAAUGGAAGAACAGCAUCUGCUCCAUACAAAUUCGGGUCAAAGAGGUAGAGGAGAGCUCUCGGCAAAGGCAAAGCUUAGAGUUCGAUAG